GUUCUACUCCAAAUCACUCCAAAUUUUUAACGAGCUGGCCAUGAUCUCUAACUUACAGACAAGGAUAUUUUUGAGACCAAGUAUCUUUCGCUUGUGGACAAGUAGAGGAAUUCAAACCACCAUCAAUUCCCGACAGAAUUACACGCAAACAACUGGAAGGCAACGUUUAGUAAUUUUAGGAACAGGUUGGGGCAGCUAUAGUGUUCUUAAACAUAUCAACAAAAAACUAUUUGAUGUGAUUGUGAUUAGCCCACGAAAUCACUUCCUCUUUACGCCUUUAUUGUGCAGUACUACUGUAGGAACGCUAGAGUUUCGCAGCAUAAUUGAACCUAUUCGAAACACAGGCUUUCGUGAUGAGCAUCACUUCCAGUUAGCCGAGGCAGUGAAAUUGCUUCCAGAUGAACACACCGUUCUGUGUAGGAGCUCCUUGAACAAUGACGAAUACCCUCUGAAAUACGAUAAAUUAGUCAUCGGUGUUGGUGCUGUCAGCAAUACAUUUGGUGUUCCUGGAGUCCACGAGAACGCUUUCUUCCUUAAAGAAAUCGCAGAUGCCAGGAAGAUCAGAAACCAAAUUCUCAAAAACUUUGAGCUGGCCAUGCAGCCGGGCGUUUCCGAGGAAGAAAAGAAACGCCUCUUGCAUUUUGUCAUUGUCGGAGGUGGCCCCACAGGGGUUGAAUUUGGUGCAGAGUUGUAUGAUUUUGUGAAACAAGAUGUAACAAGGCUUUAUGUGCAUGAGAAAAGCAAGGUCAGUGUAACACUGAUUGAAGCCAGGCAGAUCCUCCCAUCCUUUGAUGAGAAACUUCGUAAUUUUGCAGAAAAAAAGAUGAGGCAGAGAGAGCAGUUUGAACUUGUUCAAAGCAGUGUUACAGAGGUGCAUAGUGAUCAUAUCAAGUUACAAGAUGGGACAGUGGUGCCUUGUAGUUUGGUUGUUUGGUCAACUGGCUUGGCUCCAAGACCAUUUACAGGUAAGAUAACUAGUGUCAGUCUUGGGGGACCUGACUAGGUCCUACAGAUAAAGUAGGUGUCUGCUAUUUCCUUUAUUAGAGGCUGUUAUAGCCAAAUUUGUUGUAUCGCGCUGUGCAUUUUGCAAACUUCAAAGGAAUUUUGGGUUUUUCUGUUCCGUCAGUCAUCUUAGCGGACCUCUUAGGAAACACAUGUUUACUUGUGAUUGGUGCAUUUCGAUCUACUUUGUUUGUUUCUGUGUUUCAAGGUUCAUUGCUUGUGAGCGCCCUGUUUUGGGCAAUAAUUGACUAGUUUUCUUCGAAGAUUUUUCUGAUUAUUCUUAUUCUUGUCUCUUGCAAGAGUAAAGCAAUGUCUGCCUCCUACCCUCGACAAAAAGUCCACUCAUCAUCGCGAUUUCCUUCGCUAUUCUUGAGCAGUCUAGGGUCAUUCUCAGUUUUGUUUUUGCAGGCCAAGCGGGGCAAGCAGGGCAAGCGGGCAAGUGCAUUGUGAUUUGCAUUAACUCCACCCCCACUCAAAUGAUUGAUGGAACAGAAAAACCCAUUCGAAGUUUGCAGACGCGUAGCGUGAUACAGCAAAUUUGGUUAUAAUUUAAAUGAAGGAAGGUCAUCGCAGCUAUAAAUAGCCUGAGAAGACAGCUGACAUCACUGGUUUCCCCAUAGAAUGACGUCUGAGAAAUGACUGCAGAAAUUCUCUACUGAUGACAUGUGACUACCCCAAUCUGGUAGGUGCUUCUAAUUGGCUAAAGCAAACGACCAAUAAGAAGUACUACCCACAUUGGAGUAGUAAUGCAUCAUCAGUAUGGAAUUUAUGCAGUUAUUGUUCAGACAUCUCAUUACUCAGGCUUAGUUAUAGAUGUAACUUUUGCAGUUACAAAAAAAGGCCUGAAAAAUUCAGGCGCGUACAUUCACAGCCUAUAACAAUUCGCAGCUCAACUGACCCACAGUCAAUAACAAUGUGGCUUAAUUGACCAAUCAGGUCAAUAGCCAGAGUUCAGUACCCUUAACUGGCAAAACACAACUCACUUUAACUAUGAAGGUGACACCACAUGAGUUAUCAAAAUGUUAGUCAUAAUUGUCACCAAAUAGGUCUUUUCAAGACUGCACUCUCACAUACCAUCGUGUUGUGUGACAUGAAACUUUGGUCCAAAUCAUACAAACCAUUGCCAGUGAGACCACAUAAAUUCAGAGUGCAUGGUUUGAUUCUGAGCGACUGGUCGCACAGAUAAAAUUACCCUUUAUUUUGACUGCUGUGGCAUCCGUAUACUCAUGGAGGGUGUAUCGCUGCAACACAUUACCUAUUGCAUGCUGAGAUUGAUGCCAAUGACACAGUUCUAUUACAGAUGUAAGUGACAAUUGUUAUAUGAAUACUAUUCAUGCAUUGCUCUAAAUUUUUAAGCUUCAGUGGACCUUCCAAAGAAUGCUAACAGUCAGAUCCUGGUUGACCAAUAUCUAAGGGUCAAGGGUAUCAAUGAUGGCUCAGUAUUUGCCAUUGGGGACUGUUCCUGUAUUGAAGCCAACCCUUAUCCAUGCACUGCACAAGUUGCAGAGAGAGAGGGCAGCUAUGUCGCCAGUUGCUUGGGUCUUCUAGCAAUGGGACAAGCUUCUGAAUUAAAGCCUUUUUCCUGGAAGAACCUUGGCAUGCUGGCAUAUGUGGGUGAUUAUCAAGGUCUUGCUGAUUUUCCCACCAGCAAAUUGCAAGGCUUCAAAUCAUGGAUUCUUUGGAGAUCGGUGUACUUUACCAAGCUAGGAAGCUGGAGGGCCAGAUUCCAGGUACCUUUUGACUGGAUGAGAACAUUUAUUUGGGGAAGGGAUGUUUCUCAAUUCUAGAUUCAGGACAAUAAGAGACUAUUAUUACCAUUAACAGUAAAAGAAAGAGUGUUAACAAAUGUUAUACGCCUGCUAAUCAUGGUACCAGGUUGGCUUUGGGGUGAAAAAAAAUUUGGGGGAGCUCAAAUCCCUAGUUUGAAAUACAGGAUAGUCACUAAGCAUAAAUAUUUUUAUUCAUAAUGGUACAAUAUGUUUCAAUACUGUGUUGCCCUCAGUCAAACAUACAAUUAAUAAACUGCACAGUCUAAUAAACAUGGUGUACUCUAUGCAAAGAUGGUUAAAGAUGGUUAAAUUUCGAGUCAUGUCUCAAGCCAAUGUUGUAGCCUAGUCAUAAAAACUCCUCUUCCAUAGUGAUGGAAAGCAAGGCCAUUUCCAUUAAAAUACUUCCCAAUAUCCAAUUUUUCGUGAAGUAAAAAGCAAAUCGUGUAUUUUGUUCACUGUUCUAAACAGGGCUCUGUAACAGAGGCUGUUUUCCUAUAGGGUCACAGGAGAUAAGGUUUGAAACCCCUACCGUUAAUAAAAUCCUAUGCCCAAAUUUACCCCUAGGGGAAGAGGGGUAGUGGGUAUUUCUCCACUCGUGGCUCUGGGAUGGUUAGGUGGCGUAGCCUUCCAUAUGUGUAAAUGUAAACAGAAAAUCAUUAAUAUGCAAUAAGCUAAAACAAAUAUAUAUCCACGGGAGCCGGGUAAUGACGGCUCUUGAUAUCCAUUCUCUUUUAUCGUCGUAUAUAUCCAUACUUUAUCACAAAUAUUGAUACGUCUGUACCGUAUCUAAUCAUGGCCGAAAUAUGUUAUCCAAUACUUAUUGUGUAGCACGUCCCAGAGCUGAAUUAUGAAAUAAUUUGGCAAAUUUCCGUAAAUUUAUGAUUCAUAAAAUGA